CCUUAGGUAACGGGUUCAUUGGUAUUAAAGCAUGUUAUUAGUAUAAUGAUUGAUCGAAGGUUUUCCUAAUUAACUCCACCGGCAGAGUGCCAGGUGACGGCAGUCCUUAGCUGCGUCCCAUUAAACCCCUACAUAAACACCCACCGCCCCAAAGAGAAACACCAAAGACAUUGUUUGACCGGACUGCAUGCAAGAAAACCAAGCCAUGGAGAUCUCCCUCUCGCAUGCCCUGCUCCUACUAGCUCCUCUUCUUCUUCUUCUUCCUCUCCUCCUCCUGCAAUUGCUCUCUUCCCGUCGCCGCAAGAAGAGCAACGACCACCCCAGCAAUGGCGCCCUGAACGGCAAUCCCAAGCCCAAGCCUAUCCCGAGCCCACCGGGCCUCCCGAUCAUCGGCCACCUCCACCUCCUCGGAACCCCCCUCCACCGCUCCCUCGCCGCCCUCGCCGCGCGCCACGGCGCCGACGCUGGCCUCCUCCUCCUCCGCUUCGGCAAAAAACCCGUGGUCCUCGUGUCCUCCCCGGCCAUCGCCACGGAGUGCUUCACGGCCCACGACGUGGCCCUGGCGGACCGGCCCGGGCUCCCCUCCCGGCAGCAGCUCACGGGCGACAACUGCCCCGGCAUCGGCACGGCCCGCUACGGCCCGCUCUGGCGCAGCCUCCGCCGCCUCGCCACCGUCCACGCCCUCUGCGCGCAGCGCCUCUCCCUCACGGCCUCCGCCCGCGACGCCGAGGCCCGCGCCAUGGCCACCAAGCUCCUCCGUCUCGCCGGCGCUUCCGGCGGGUUCGUGGUCGUCGGCGUGAAGGAGAUCGCGUUCGAGUUCGUGGCGAAUUCGAUCAUGGCGAUGGUGGCCGGCGGGGGGCGGAGGAUGGGGGAGGAAGAGGUGCGGCGGUUCAGGGACAUGACGGAGGCCGGGCUGGCGGCGGCGGGCGCCGCGAACCGGCAGGAUUUCGUGCCGCUGCUGAGGAAGAUGGACUUCGGGAGGACGGCCAGCCGGCUCGCGGCGCUCGCCGAGGAGCGGCGCGAGUUCGGGCAGCGGCUCGUGGACGAGUACAGGAGCGGCAGAAACGCCAUUGCUGGUGAUGAUGACGAGACGAUGAAGUCGCCGGCGCCGAGGACGGUGAUCGGGGACCUGCUCCGGGAGCAGCAGCGGGCGCCGGAGGAAUGCUCCGACGUGGUCAUCCGCACCGUCUGCCUGAGCUUGCUGCAAGCUGGAACGGACACGUCAUCCAGCACGGUCGAGUGGGCGAUGGCACUCUUGCUCAACAACCCGACCAAGAUGGCAAAGGUUACAGACGAGAUCGACUCUGUUGUAGGCGCCUCCCGCCUGCUCGAGGAGCGCGACCUCGCAUGCCUUCCCUACCUUCGAAGUGUCAUCACCGAGACCCUUCGGUUGUACCCUCUCACCCCGUACCUUGUCCCGCACGAGGCGUCGAGCGAUUGCGUUGUUGCCAAUGGACAGUAUGUCAUCACGCGUGGGACCAUGUUGUUGGUCGACGUGUUCUCCAUGCAGCGGGACCCUGCCACGUGGAAUGACCCGGACAAUUUCAUACCGGAGAGGUUUGCGGACGACAAUGAUGAUGCCAACAGGGAUGGUCAUGACAAGGGAAUAAUGCUGCCAUUUGGCAUGGGACGGCGAAAGUGCCCGGGAGAAGCGCUCGCGUGGAAGACGGUUGGUAUGGCAUUAGGUGUGAUGAUGCAGUGCUUUGAAUGGGAGCGGAUAGGGAAGGAGAAGGUUGACAUGAGCGAGGGAUCGGGGCUCACCAUGCCCAUGGCCGUCUCGGUCAUGGCGAUGUGCCGACCUCGCCGUGAAAUGGAUGGGGUGCUCAGGGGACUUUGAAAACUCUGUUGUUGGCAAUGGCAACAUGAAGUUGUAAUCUUACCAAGGGUAGCAGCAACGGCCGAAACAUUUCAAUCCAAAACAUUGUGUGCGUUCAUAAUAAUAAAUAAAUAUUUUUACUUUUUUUAA